AUGUGAUCUCGACACGCAGAAGAUGGGGAUGUUGACUUCCUCACACAGUGUUUUCACCUUUCCGUCAGAACAGCCUCAAUUUUGAAUAACACUUUCACACUGUCAUCAUCUCUGAUUCUGAACUUCCUCUUGACUUUUAUUUUAGGUACUUCAUCUUUACAGUACUGACCACUUAGCCAAAUCAAUCAGUCAAAUAUCAAAUAUUUUUAUGCGUACCUUUCCUCAUGUAUUUCACUCUGUAUCUAAGAAAAGUACACACCUCUGCACAGCUAAACAUUUAACAAAAAAGAGAUCCCCAAUCUUGAUCAUGAACUGAGAAAGAACGUGUGACUCCAACCGUGCUGUGAAAGGAAGCAGGGCUGGUCCUUCACUUCUGCUUCUGAGAGUUAAAAUUGCAGUCCAGAGCGAGAAGACCAACAGUCAGAUCAGCUGGGUCUUUGUGGGACAUGAUGAGAGGGAGGUGGCUUCCACUGUUGCUGGUAUUGACUCCAGGAGUUUUCAGUGGCUGGGGCGUGUUGUUUGGACCUCAGUGUGCUCUGUGGGGAUCCAGCAUUGUCAUUAAAUGCUCCUACGAUUAUGCUUGGGGUCAUAUAGUCAAAUCUGUUACAUGGUCCAAACGUAUGUUAGUGAAUGGCAAGUGGCAGAAGGUUGCUCUGCCUGAUGAAUCUGCCAAAUAUGAAUAUACUGGGAAUUAUAGAGGCAACUGUGAUCUGAAGAUCAAAAACAUCCAGUUCACCGAUGAAGGCAGUUAUUACUUCAGUUUCACAACCACUCUCAGUAGAUGGAGCAGCCAAAAUGAUGCACAGCUGUCAGUGAGAGAUUUGACAGCGGUUCUGGAGCCCAGCACUGUGACAGAGGGGGAGCGUGUCAGUCUGACCUGCAGGUCAGGUUGUCCUUCUUCAUCAGGCCAAGUCUGGUUCAAAGAUGGAAAACCUUUCUCCGGUUCAAACUUCCGAGCCAGCAGAGAGAGCAGUGGGCGGUACCACUGCGCUCUCUCCAGCGUGGAGGGAGCCACAUCUGUCUCUGUGGAGCUCAAUGUCCUCUACGCUCCGCUCAACGUGGUGUUGAGGAAGAUCUCGACGGAGGACACGGUGAAGGGAAGCUCAGUGACCCUCAGCUGCAGCAGCGACGCCAACCCUCCUGUGAGUCCGGACGGGUACAGCAUGUACAAGGACAAUCACUGGAUCAGCUUCGGGCCGAGUCUCACCAUCCCGGUCCUGGAGCCCAGACACAGUGGACGGUACCACUGUCAAGCCUGGAACAAUGUCAGUCGAGCGGGUGAAGCAACUAUGGCCUCAGCCGACGUGGAUCUGGAUGUCAAGUUCAGUCCAGUCAACGUUACCGUCUCAGUGGAUCCUGUCACCGUCGAGGAGGGCAGCGGAGUGAAUCUGACCUGCAGGAGUGAAGCCAACCCUCCAGCAACCCGCUACACCUGGUACAAGCAGACGUCCUCACCCGAGUCCGUCCCUCUGGUCCAGGUGGGCUCAGGACCGAUGUUGGCUCUGCCCUCAGAGGAGGCGUCCCUCCUGGGUCACUAUCUCUGUCGGGCUGGAAAUCAUCUGGGGGAGAGGAACUCCACCCUGGUGCGGCUGUCCAUGUCCCUGAGAGCUUCUGAUCAGCAAACAAUCUUCAUCCUGGCAGGGAUCGGAGUCGGCCUCCUGAUCCUCACCGUUCUUUUAUUCUGGUAUAAACAAAGAAGCAACACCAAGCACAAUUCACGUCACAACACCGACGUAAACUCCAGCUCCUUCACUGUGGACGAGUCCCACAGCAACGAUUAUGUCAACAUUUACGCCAACGUCACCUCUGCUGGCCAGAAACAGUCCGACCAACCCCGCGCUCAGGAGCCUGGUCCUCACAGGAAGACUCGACACGACUCCUCUUAUGAAGCCGACAUCACGUACACCACAGUGAACUUCAAGCCCAGAAGCUCUCGAUACGCUCAAGGCAGAAACGUCCAGAGGACCCCACAACAGCCUCUGGCCAAAACACCUGACGACCACUCAGUCAUUUACUCCACUGUGGGAAAACCAGCGCACUGAGCACAUCCUCAUUUUGCUGUGCAGUUGUGUUAUUUUUAAGUUUAUUUAAAUGUCUUAAGAUUAAUUUAUGACGACAGAGUUCUAAUGUUUUUUUACUUAAUUAAUGGUAU